GUUGUGAUAAACUUAUUAAAUAGUGAUUAGAAUGGCCUAUGAUCCGUACGGACUGUACCGUGCGGCGCCACAUCCUGCAUCAGUGUAUUCUAGUGCAUCCUAUGCAGCAGCUGCUUACUCACACUAUGGUGGCAGCUACCCCACCCAUGCACACUCAAACCCAUACGCUCAAGCCGGGGCUUACAGUGGAGCAUACGGACAACCGACUGCAGUAGUGCCCCCUAUGACACCCGGGAUUCCCUUAGGGUCCACGGGCGGAAGAACAGCUGCUGAAUCAGCUGCGAGUAAAGCCUACGAAGCGAACAAGCUAUUGUCAAAAGACACCAGCGCCACAUCCAAAUUUACAGCAGAUGACCUUUCUGGUGUCGCAUCGGCCCCUCCAGAGUUAGACUGCUUUCAGACGGGCUACAAAGCAGGUUGUCAGGCAGCCAUACAGCAGUUUAGAGUUGUUCUGCAGACCAUGUGUUUACCCCAGGCAGAAAUCAGAAGUCUAAUGAGUAAAAUACCCACAACACCCGCUACGAGUGAGGCGACAGGGAACGACAAACACAAAUGAAAAGAACAAUCUAUUGAUCGGAGAAAAUUAAACGGAGCAUUCACAAGUCAUUUAGUUAAUUUUAUGGGUUUGAUUGGUUGAUUAAUCUGAUUGGUUGAUUAAUCAGUUGAACGAAUUUCAAAUCGAUAUUAAUCAAAUAUUGAUUUGAGAACGACAUAUAUGUUGAAUUCGCCCCCGCUUAAUCUUUGCCAUCUGAUUUGUUCAGAUUCCUGUUACUUUUCUUUUAUUUAGAUGUGAUUUGAUCUGAUGUGCAACUUGUUUUAUGUUAUUUUUUUUAUUAUCUAUGACCUUUAAAUAAAAUUUUGUUUAUUUUG